AUGAGCAUCGGGGAUAACUGGAUGCCAUAUGGAAUGGGUGCGAUGGACAAGUAUUCUAGCUUCAAGCUGCUUGAAGCCUACUUCAACGCCGGUGGCAAUAUUAUUGCUACCGCGAAUAACUACCAAGACGAGUCCUCCGAGAAGUUCCAUCAAGCAGAAACGCAUUUUGCUGGCAAUAAUAUGAAGAAUCUACACAUCUCGGUCGAGCGUUCGCCCAAGAAGCUGUGCACCGACUACAUCGAUAUCCUCUACGUCCACAUUGGAAUCUCUGACACGCCCGCUUGGGUCGUCUUAAAGGCCAACAUGUACGCCCGCCAGACCGGCAAGACCCCCUUUGUCGAUAUCAUCCCCAUGGUCAAGGCAGAGGGCUUGGCACUGUGCCCGUGGAACGUCCUUGCUGGGGGUAAGAUCCGCACCGACGUCGAGGAAGAGAAGCGUCGCGAGACUGGAGAGAAGGGUCUGUAUCUCCUGUCCCCUCCAUCUUGGGCUGAGUUCUUCGCUGAUGACGUCGUGCGGGUCGCGGGAUGCUCGGUCAUUGCGAAGGUCCUUGAGAAAGUCGCUGCGGAGGUAGGCGCCAGCACUAUCCAGGCUGUUGCCAUCGCGUACGUUAUGCAGAAGAUGCCCUACGUCUUCCCCAUCGUUGGUGGGCGCAAAGUCGAGCACUUGCACGCGAACAUCCAAGCUCUGGAAAUUGUGCUCACUCCGGAACAUAUCAAGCAGCUGGAGGCUGCAGUUCCUUUUGAGCCUGGAUUCCCGUACAGCUGA